AUGGUCAAGAAGCGAGCUUCCAACGGACGAAACAAGAAGGGUCGAGGACACGUUACCUCCAUCCGAUGCUCUAACUGUGCCCGAAUGGUCCCCAAGGACAAGGCCAUCAAGCGAUUCACCAUCCGAAACAUGGUCGAGGCCGCCUCCAUCCGAGAUCUUUCCGAGGCCUCCGUCUACCAGGAGUACGUGCUGCCCAAGCUCUACCUCAAGAUCCAGUACUGCGUGUCUUGCGCCAUCCACUCCAAGGUUGUCCGAGUCCGAUCUCGAGAGGGCCGAAAGGUUCGAACUCCUCCCCAGCGAGUCCGAUUCAACAAGGACGGUAAGAAGAUCAACCCUGCUGCCGCCGCCAAGGUUGUCGUUUAG